ACAGGCAUCUUCACGGAUACCAAUGAGGGGUCCUUACGGAGGGAAUGGAAGCUAAUAGUUACGAGCAAACUCGCAACAUCAAAAUAAGCUUUCUACAUGUAAAAUUCGCCUGGAAACUUUAAACCGUGUUGUUUAACUUCUCGACCAUUGUCAGAUGCAAACUACUGUUGAAUAAAUUACUAUUUAGUCUCCCUCCGGAAUACAAAGUCGUGUAAUUAGCUAACCCGCACUUUUAGCUUCUCUACCUGAAAGUGUUGACUCUCGUCCUGUUACAUCUUUCCCGCUGAGGAGAUGGAUGGUUACCCCGGAGGAGUGUUAAGCGGUGAUUCAACUAAACAACAAGAACGACAUUACUACCUAUUAUCUGAACUGCAAACAUUAGUUAAAGAUUUGCCUAGCUCUUUCCAGCAGCGCCUGUCCUACAACACACUGAGUGACCUGGCUCUUGCCCUCAUAGAUGGGACGGUUUAUGAGAUAGUGCAGGGGCUACUGGACAUUCAGCAUCUGACAGAGAAAAACUUAUACAACCAGAGACAAAAGCUGCACUGUGAACACCAAGCACUCAAACAAGACCUUUUAAAGAAGCACAAAGAAGCCUUGCAGUCAUGCAAGUCUCACAACCUUGCACUUCUUAAAUCAAACCAACAAGCAGAGUUGGAGGCUCUGGAAAUCCGUGUGCGAGAGGAACAAAAAAUGAUGGAUAAGAAGAUUGUAGCAGAAAUGGAUCAGAAAGUGAUAGAUCAACAGAACACCCUGGAGAAGGCAGGAGUCCCUGGCUUUUAUAUCACAACUAAUCCUCAGGAGCUGACUGUGCAGAUGAAUCUUCUUGAACUGAUCCUCAAACUUCAACAAAAGGAGACACAAUCUGGAAUCAUGUGAGAUAUGGCUUAUUGUGCCAGAAGAGAAGAAAAAGAAUGCUGCACCGGCCACAGACAGACAGUGUUGACAUUCCUGUAACUGUGAGAUAGAACGUGUUAGCUUUGUUCAGGAAAAUGUGAUCACUUGAUCACAUGAGUGUUAUUUUCACUAUCUUAACCUGCAGGAGAUGUCUGGUUGUUGAGCGUCAGACGAAGACUUUCAGCCCUUGAAGAGGGCAGUGGCAAAUGUGUCAACAGGGUUGCAAAUCUUGAAAUGUCAUAUCAUUGUGUUCCUCUCACAGCACAUAACACAAUGCUUAAGCUGAGUUUUGAGAGGUAGAAAGAGAGAGGGCAGGCUCUUCCAGAUGUGAAACAGAAGUAGGUUAAUGCAAUGCGUCAAAACACGGAGAAGACAUAAAAUGGAUCAAUGUGAUUCUCCUGCAGUGAAAUGAACUCCUAAAGAACCACUGGAGGCCUUUUAAAAAGUCUUCACUACUUAUGGGAGAUUGUUUACUUCAAGGAAACAAGGUGUAAAAAUUACAGUUCCAGCAUUUUGAAUAUUGAACAAAUGUUUUAUUUAAUUUAUUUAGACAUAUUGUGGUACAUUUUACUUUCUUUUUUUACUUAUUUUUAAUGAGAACAUCUUGUCCGUUCAGAUUGCAUUGUUGUGUUGGUUAAAGGGGUUCAAACUGUUGAGUAAACCCCUUUGCAUUGACAGUGGUAUUUUUUUCAGGUAGCUACUUUGGUCAUUACAUCAAUACAUAAGUAAAUAAUAUAAUGCCACAAAAUGUGUUUAAUGUGUUGUAUUACCUCUUCCUUUUUGUUUGUUUAAUUCGUACAGCUUCAGAAUAAAAAUGAAGGUGUUUCUUUGAUCAGCCCACAAACAUUAAUCUGUACCUUGAAGUAGUAUUAUAGCCAUGUUAUCCCUGUUGAGAACCACUGCUCAAUCCAAGGCUGGUGUGUCUGAAUCUAGGAUGCACAUUACCAGCUAUGCUUAUCUGAUCCCUAAUGGACUACAUCCCCGAUUACAAAAUAGUUGGCAAGCUGUGGUAAGUGUUGAUAAAGACAGAAUUUAAUUGCUU